AUGGCAAGCUCAAGUGAAGCACUUGAUUAUGAUCCCAAGACUGAUCCAGCAAGGAAAGCAAAGUCCAAUGAUCUAGGCAUAAAGAGGUUCAAGCAACAUUUGAUAGAUGGAUACGAAGAUAUUGUCCUUUGUCUAAAAGUUACCACUGAAAUUAGGGAAGAGAUGGAAGCUUACUUGCAAAAGAAGAGAAGAAGGCCUUUGUUCUUGGAUGGUAUUGAGGAGGAGAAUGGGGAAGAUGAAGUUGUGGAGGUGGCAACAGCAGAUGUACAAGCAGGAGCAGAUGGGGGUGCAACACCAAAAUCGGCUGCAAAAAAACCAAGUUCUAGGACAGCUGCCAAGAGAAGGCAUGCUACCUAUCAAUUGAAGGCUUCAAGACCUAGCAAUGGCAAUUCAACACCAAAGACACCAAAGUCUGUUGUUGCUAUGCUUAGAAGAACACCUAAACAGAUAGUAGUUCAAAGGCGUGCAAAGGACUUUCAACCCACCAUUGAGUCCAGCACAAGGACUAAGGAGGAGAAGCAAUAUGUGGAUUUGCAAUGGGCACUAUGGUUCAUGGAGUGUGGUGUACCCUUUAAUGCAGCAAAUUCAAGGCAAUUUGAAAUUGCCUAUGAGGCAACAACCCAAUAUGGUUCAGGGUACAAGCCUCCAACUAACCAGCAGCUUGGUGAACCUUUGCUUCAAGAAUGUGUUAAGGUGACAAGUGCCAUGAGGAAGGACCAUGAGCAGGCCUGGAAGCAAUAUGGUUGUACACUAAUGUCUGACGGAUGGACUGAUAUGAGAGUGCGCCACUUGAUUAAUUUUCUUGUGAAUAGCCCUGAGGGAAUGUACUUUUUGGAGUCAGUUGAUGCAUCAAGUCAAGUCCAUAGUGCAACAAUGUUAACUGAUUUGUUACAGGAGAAGAUUAAAGACAUUGGAAAGGACAAUGUUGUUCAAGUUGUGACCAACAAUGGCGCUAACUACAACGUUGCUGGUAAGAUUUUGAUGGAUAGGAUUCCCACACUGUUUUGGAGUCCUUGUGCCGCUCAUUGCUUGGAUUUGAUGUUGGAAGAAAUUAGGAACUUGAAGACAUUUAAGAAACCUAUUGCAUGUGCUAGGUGUGUCACCACAUUCAAUUAUAGGCAUGGGAGUCUUCUUAGUGCAAUGAGGGCUCAAACAGGUGGGACUGAUCUUGUUAGGGCAGCAAAGACCCGAUUUGCCAUAUCAUUUCUGACAUUAAAGAGUUUGUACAAGAACAAGGAUGCCUUGAAGAGCUUCUUUGUUAGUGAAGCAUGGAUUGGGAACAACUUGUGUACAACUAUAGCAGGUCAACAAGUGCAAGACUUUGUGUUAUCUAUUGAGUUUUGGAACUUAGUCGAAGAUUGCCUAAGAGCUUCAGCCCCACUCUUAAUUGUUUUGAGGGCUGUUGAUGGUGAUGAGAAGCCUGCAAUGCCAGAGGGCCUGCUCAAGCGUAUCAUGGACAUUAUUGAGAAGCGUUGGGUGAACCAAAUGGAGCAUCCAUUGUAUGGGGCUGCACUAUAUUUGAACCCAGGAAAUUUUUUUCUUCUUGUAAAAGCUAAUGAUGAUGCCACUGUUGGGCAGCUAAGAGGUUGUUUUGUUGAAGUGCUUGGAAGAAUGCAUGUUGAUGAAGCCACCGGUGCAACACAAGCACUGCAGGGUCGUAAUCUUCCUAGGAGAGCUACUGCUACUCAACAUUAUAGUCGUUCAAGAAAUGUUCAUGUUCCUGCUACUGAAGAUGGAGAAGAGGAAGAUGAAGUUGAAGACCCACAUGAUGAUGCGGAAGUGAGCGAGUGUGAAGAAGAUGACAAUGUUCCUGCUACUGAAGAAGACAAGGCUGCUGAUCCUGAUGAGUUUGAUGAUGGAUUUUGA